CAUCUUGUGGCUACACUGUAAACUGACGUGCAGUAAUUCAGUCUGUUACGUCUUUAAAGCUCUACUUUUCCUGCGAAAUUUAUAUAAAACUAAAAAGCGAACCUGGACUUUGGUCAGUGCUUGAUAUGUCGAGUGUUAUUUUUACUUUUGUUCGCGUCAUGGAUCACCGUUCAUACGCCACCCCAGUCAAAAAGAAAGUGAAAGUGAAUGACGGAGCAGUUGGUAGCUAAGUCGAGGACGGCAAACACCAGGAUCAGAUUCAGCCCCCAGCAGGUUGACCAUCCACCAAAGUAAAAUGAGAGAAGUGGCAGCAAGUGGAUUUCUCAUUAUUCUUUUUGAUGCAAUGCUGACUUUGGCACUAUGGGCCGGACUGGUGAUGCUGCAGUGGUCCAUUUGUGAUCAGCUGGCACUUUUAUGGGCUUUUGGUGUGCUAAAGUGGGCUACUCUCCAUGUCUUCACCUCCAUGCUGGCUGAUGGAAAGCCCGAGCCUGUGCUCUGCAGGUUUGUCGCACUCCUCUGCCUCCUUUCUCCUGUUCUUGAGAGUGGACGGAUCUUUCUGGCAGGUCCUGCAGAGGCUUAUAUGAGACCAUCUCCUAACCUCAGCGUGCUGCUCUUGGGCCCGAUGUGCUCGUCACUGGCCUGUGUAGUUUGGGAAAAGGGUCUUUGUGCUGAUGGGAAGAGAAAAGGUGUCAACAAAGAAAACACCAGAGAGCUGCUGAUGAGAGUGCUGCAAUACUUCAGACCGGACACCUUUUAUCUGAUUCUAGCAUUUGUGUUCCUCAUCUUUGGAGUUAUCUGUGAAACAUUUAUCCCAUUUUAUCAAGGAAAGGUAAUUGAUAUGCUUCGGGGUCAAGAACUUCACUCUAGCUUCUAUUAUACCAUUGGGCAGCUGGCACUUCUCUGUCUUGGAAGUGCUUUGUUUUCUGGCAUGAGAGGAGGGAUAUUUAUGUUCAGCCUGGCCAGACUGAACAAGAGACUGAAGCAUCUGCUGUUUGGCACCAUCCUGCAGCAGGAGGUGCCCUUCUUUGAUGAGAACAAAUCUGGACAUCUUUCCUCGCGUCUGCAUUCUGAUGUGGACCGGAUGGGCCGCACAGUGGCACUAAACGCCAACUUGCUGGUUCGCAGCACUUUUAAGACUUGCCUCAUGCUCAUAUUGAUGUUAGACCUGUCUUGGGAGCUCACCGUGUUCACCUGCAUAGAGAUGCCACUCUUGGCCGUUCUACAGAACAAAUACAUUACCUUGUCUAAGGAGCUGAAGGACCAGAUGCAGGAAUGUCAAGCUCAGAACAAGGACCUGGUUUUCCAGACGAUCAGCGGGAUUCGUACAGUCCGCAGCUUUAACGCAGAGGAAGAUGAAAUGAAGAGCUAUAACAAGGCUCUCGGCAAGAUGCGUGCUGUCAAGACACGUUCACGUAUCUACAGUGUAAUCUUUCUCAUUAUACGGAGGAUGGUGAGCCUGGUGAUAAUGAUACUGAUGCUGAUACAAGCCCGCAAUCUCAUUUCCUCAGGCCGACUCAGCAUCGGAAAUCUGGUGUCUUUUUUCUUAUACCAGAAACCGAUGUCAACCAAUUUAAGGGAGAUUUUGUAUGCCUGCGGAGAGACAUUGUCCACAGUUGGAGUCAUUUCCAAAGUGUUCAGCUAUCUUGACAGAACACCAAAGUGUAAGAAGGCGGGUGAGCUGGCUCCUGAGAAGCUGCAAGGAAGAGUUGUUUUCCAAAAUGUCACCUUCUCCUAUCCCUCAGCUCAAGAUACAGUAGUUCUGAAGUCAGUUUCAAUGGAGCUGCAGCCAGGAAAGAUAACAGCUUUGGUCGGUCCCAGCGGCAGUGGAAAGACUUCCUGUAUCCACCUCCUGAAGAGACUGUAUGAACCUGAGGAGGGACAAAUCCUGCUGGAUGGAGAACCGCUGCACCGUUAUCAACACCAUUACUUCCAUAAUAAGGUCGCCGUGGUAUCUCAGUCUCCUGUGCUGUUUUCUGGUUCAGUGGGGUACAACAUUGACUACGGCCUGAAGGACUGUAGCAUUGAGAAAGUGAAAGAAGCUGCAAAGAAAGCCAACGCACAUGACUUCAUAUCUGGACUGGAAAAUGAGUAUGACACAGAGGUUGGAGAGUGUGGCAACAAACUUGCAGAUGGACUGAAACAGUGCAUCGCCAUUAGCAGAGCUCUGGUUCGAGAUCCGCAGGUUCUCAUACUGGAUGAAGCUACCAGCAAACUCGAUAUUGAAGCACAGCAUGCUGUUUUGCAGGAGAUUCUGUCUUGUGGUUGGACAGUCCUGAUCGUGGCUCAUCAGCUGAAGACUGUGGAGAAGGCUCAUCACAUCAUCUUCAUGGAGAAAGGAACCAUUAUGGAAGAGGGAACAGAUGAGCAGCUCAUGGCCAAGCGAGGAUUGUACUAUCGUUUGAAAGAGGAGAUGUUCUCUGACCACAUCUGACAGAGACUCAGUGCUGUUCUUUCACUGUUUUGUACAAAUGAACAAAUGUAAACGGUCUGUAUUUAUGAAGUGCUUUAUGCUACAGUUUUGCCAUUCACCCAUUUGAGCAACAUGGGGUCAAGUGCCUUGCCCAAGGACACAUCGGUAUGCAGAUUAGAUUUAGUUGAUGUAGAAUAGUCGGAAUUGAACCGGCUACCUUUGAGUUAGAAAACAAACUGGCUCUACCACUGAGCUCCCGUCACCACGUCGUCUGCUUGUUUCUUGCUUCAACUUUGUGCACAAGAGUAUGAUGAGUGAGGACAGUGAACAGUCUGUUCACUGUCUGCACUUUUGUAAGUCGCUUUGGAUAAAAGCGUCUGCUAAAUGACAUGUAAUGUAAUGAUGACAGAGAAAGUGAGGUCAAAGUGACGUCAAUGAUAUUUGGAUGUUUUACACGAAUUCCUGUGAGUUGAAUGUAGAUUAUUCUACAUUUUGUCUGAAAUGUUUUAGAUAAUAUGGCAAAAAUUAGGACCUAAAUCCCUGAUUUAACACAUGUGUGACAGCAGCAAAGUGUCAACGGCGCUCAGAUGUGCAUUUGAAUAGCCAGCAUAAUGGGACCUCAACGGGAAAAAGAAAGGGGAACAUUUUGUUUGUUCAUUAUUGUUCAUUAGGUUUUUAUUUUUUCACAUUAUCAGACAAACAUCUAAUCAUGAUGUUUAAAAUGUAUAAACUGGUAAGUGUAAUUCUAAUGGGUUGUUGUUUUUGUGUGCAGCACUUUUUCUUUCAUCUUUGUAUUUUUACACUCUUGUUUUGCUGUUGUAUUUGACUGUCUUUAUUCAUCUUGUAAGAGGAACAGACAGCACAGCACAAACAAGGUGGUCUGAGGUAAGGAGUUACUCUUCGGUUCUUAUCCCCCACGAACACUGCCGUCUAUCAGACAGAGUCUGGGAAUCUAGUGAUACCAGGCACACAGACAGACAAUAGAACAUCAAUGCACAUUAAAAUGCUAUGUGGAUAAAUUAACUAAUGCAUCUGUUUAUACUGCAAUUUUCCCAUUACAAUUACCAUAAUACAAUACACAAUAUUUGUUCCACAGCUGACUUUGAUAAGUGUGACUUUGGUCAGUGGAGGUGCAAAUCCUCAUGUUCAUUUAGAAACGGAUGGUUUCCAUAUGUAAAGACAAAAAGAUGUGUGCAUUUUUUUUUUAAGUGCUUCUUAUAAAGUUCUUUCCACAGUUA